AUGAAAAUCUUUGAAUUGAAAAUUGAUAAUUUGAAUAUAGUAAGCCCUCAAAAACCUCCUCAAGGGCCUAAAAGAAGAUCACUAAUGGCUCAAAAUGAAAAAUUUAUAUCAGAUCUGAAACAAUUUAACAAAACGGGAAAAAGCAAGAAGACCAGUCUCAACACAUCAAAAACCUUUGACAACUGUGAAACAGAAAAAGAUAUUAGCCAGCUGAACCUCACUGAAUUCGAAGAAGAGCUUUUCAGCGAAGAGGAUGCAUUAUCAGAAGCAAAUAGUAUUACAUUCAGUAUCCAAAAAGUGAAAGAAAAUCCUAAAAUUCCCCCACUUUUCGUCCUGCCAAGGAUCAACAAAAAGUCGUCUCGAAGGCGGACAGUAGGGCUCAAACUUGAGGCUCCUAAGCGAAGAGACCCAUCCCACACCCCUCAGACAAAGUCAUCAAAGUUGAAUGACCUCAAAAAUUCCAUAUUCAUGCCAACAUAUAAGACUUAUAUGAUCAAUAAAGCUGUGAACGAUAAAGAGUACUCAAUGACCAUCGAUCCAUCCAAGAGUUAUGAGUUUGCAAAGAUGAAGCCUAAAGAUGGCAAAUAUUUACGGAGAACUAAUCGUCGAAAUUCAAAGCAAGCGAUUAUUCAAUUUGUAUCGAAUCAAAAGCGCAAAAUUAAACACAAAGUUGCACCCAGAGCUCAGGAGUCAGAUACCAGCGUAAAACUAGCUGAUCAACAUCACACUGCUGAGGAAAGUAAUACUGGAAGGCUGAGACGAAGUGCAACUGCUAAUUCAUCAAAAAAGAUUCUAUACUCUUAGGACCAAAUAAGAAGAGCAGUAAGCUGAGUGUUUACGAGAGAAAUGCUCCCUUUGUCAAGAAGUCAUCCCUCAAACAUUCAAUGGGAAAAAUUUAUAACAAGAAGACAAUUUCCUUUUCAAGAAACAACACUAUUUUCUCUUAUUCGCAAAAUGGCGAAAUCAAUUCUGAUUGAAAGGUGAUCAAGCUUAACAACAAGGAUGAAGCCACGAUUCCCAAUCCAUUGAAUAUAGAGGGCAAAGAAAAGAAGUCAGCUCCAGUUUUUCAUAAGCUGAACUCUCUUCCACAUAUGAAACCACCUCUUUCAAAGAAUAGCACGAAAGGAAGUACUUCUCACAUGAAAUUUUCACAGAAAAAUUCUCUCUCAAGCUCAUUCAGCUUUAAGAACAGCACUGGAAGUCUUGCUAGGUUUGGAAACCUUCAACUUCAGAGUUGGAAUAAACAAAGUGACUCUUCACUCCCCCAAAACACACACCAAAAUGUAAAUUUCUUAAAAUCAAAGAGC